GACGACGGCGAUGGGUUCUCGAAUAUUACGAGUCAAAGGGCGAAAAGUACAUGAAUACACGGUCAACCCGCUUCUACUCUUUCGUCCCUUUCCCUCGUUCGUCGACGAAGAGGUGCCGAUACCCCCUUCUCUGCUUACUUACUCUCACUCCUUUGCCGCUGGGCGGCCCAUUUCAACAGUAUCUAUAAGUAACAAUGCCAACAAAAACCCUCGUUCUCCCCGGCAGGUCGCGUUCUCGCGUCAGCGACAUGGACUUCAAAGACCGUUCUCCGCCUCCCGACUCUAUCUUCCCGUACCGCGGUGACGGUCAGGUACUCACUAUGCCCGCCCGAUCCGCGGGGGACACGAACAUCCCCCUCACACCUGCGCCGCUGGCGGCGCACGCGGCGAAACACAAGGUGGAGCGGGACAGGAUCCAGCCCCUCAUGCGCUCCCUUCAGUGGGCGUCGGGCGAAGGGCCCCAGGGUGCAUGGGGCAUGAUUGACAGGAUCAAGGUGUGGAUGGUGAACGAGGGCGGGAAGAGGAUGUUCUUCGGCGUCUUUGUCCUCCUCCAUAUCAUCGUCCUCCUCUUUGGAUUGUUUAACUACCAGCUCAAGGAUAACCUCACCAAUGCCCGUGCGACGUUCGGAGUUACCUAUCCCAUCGCCCGUUCUGCCGCACUCACUCUGCACGUCGACAUCAUCUUCAUUCUCUUCCCCGUCUGCCGUAACUUCAUCUCGAUGCUGCGUCGCACCCCGCUAAACCAGAUCAUCCCCUUCGACAAGAACAUCACCUUCCACAAAGCGGUCGCAUGGAGCAUCUGCUUCUUCACCUUUGUGCACAUCGCUGCGCAUAUGGUUAACUUUGCUCGGUUCGGGAUGGCCACCAACACGGGGUUCAAAGGGUUCCUGCUUGCAAACUUCGCCACUGGUCCCGGCCUCACAGGAUGGUUCAUGACCGUCUUCCUUGUGAUCAUGGUUUGGUACGCGAUGGAGAAACGCCGUCGCGCGCACUUCGAGCGGUUCUGGUACACCCACCACCUCUUCAUCCCCUUCUUCAUCCUCUGGCAACUGCAUGGCAUGUUCUGCAUGAUCCAGCCCGACAGGCCGCCAUACUGCAGCUGGACAACGAUCGGUGUUUUCUGGAAGUACUGGCUCGCGGGUGGGGUCGUCUGGGUCAGCGAGCGUAUCCUCAGGGAAGUGAGGAGCAGGCACGUCACAUAUAUCAGCAAGGUCAUCCAGCACCCGAGCAUGGUCGUCGAGUUGCAGAUCAAGAAGGAGCGCACGAAGACCCAGGCAGGACAGUACAUCUUCAUCAACUGUCCCGAGGUGAGCCAUUUCCAGUGGCAUCCAUUUACUCUCACCAGCGCCCCGGAAGAAGAUUACAUCUCCGUGCACAUACGUGUUGUUGGUGACUUUACCAAAGCGCUCGCCACUGCUGUCGGAUGCGACUUUGACCGCAAGGAAAAGUCCGAGAAAGGUUCAGGCGACGGCACCCGCGUAAUUGGCACUGCCCAGAACCCGCCUCUCAACCGUGUCCUUCCCCGGAUCAUGAUCGACGGACCGUUCGGUUCUGCCUCUGAAGACUACCUCAACUUCGAGGUCGCCCUCCUCGUCGGAGGCGGUAUUGGCGUCACACCCUUCGCGUCUAUCCUCAAGUCUAUCUGGUACAGGAUGAACAACCUCUCCCGGGAGAAGCGCACCCGGCUCAGUAAAGUCUAUUUCGUAUGGGUCAUCCGCGACUUCGGCAUGGCAGAAUGGUUCCACAGCCUGCUGCACGCGAUCGAGGAGCAAGACACGGAGGGCAGGAUCGAGAUCAACAUCUACCUCACGACGAAGAUGAAGGAAGAUGAUAUGAACAACAUCAUCGUACAGGAGGUUGGUGCAGAGAGGGACGCGAUCACUUCCCUCCGCGCGCCGACGCAUUAUGGCCGCCCGAAUUGGGACAGGGUGUUCCAGGGUAUCGUCGACAAGCACCCUGAUACCGACGCUGGUGUGUUCUUCUGCGGCCCGCCUCCGAUUGGGAAGGACCUCCAUAUCAUGUCAAACAAGUACACCACCCCGAACGGGACGAGGUUCUUCUACGGCAAGGAGAACUUCUGAGCUGGGCCGCGCUUCGGGGGAGGACGGAGAGAGACAGGGAUAAUGAACUCUGGUACGACUGGUGUAGGAAUUAGUCGAGCUUCUAGUGAACGCUUUCUGUCUUUUCGUUAGGAAUAAAGGG